AUGGGGCCAUGCGAACAGCGCCGAAUAGAUCCUGCCGACGGGCAUGCAUAUAGCUGGGAAGAGAUUUUGUCUUAUUAUUCCGGAACCCAUACCAGAAGAGAAAUCAAGGCGUACUGGAAACGGUGCAAGGAGCUUCCUGCUGUGACUGCUAGUUCAGGCAAGGUCGAGAAGCUGUUCAAGCACAGAUUAGAGGUCGGCUUCGGAAAGGUAUUGAACAUUCUGGAGGAGUCCUACUUGACAGAGGCGCAGCUGGAGUCGAUCUUGAAACUGGGCAGUUCGCAGCCGGACUUUCGCUGGUGGGCCGGCAGAGCGAUGCUUGACUUCAAGUCCGAAGAGGGCCAGUCCUUGGUCUUGUGGCCUCCCUGGACUGCACUGGAAGCAGCUGUCAAGGUGCUCGUUGGCAUUGCAAGGAGAACAAUGCCAGAUGAGGAGCUAGCCCUUAUCCAGCUCAUCGUGAACUACUACCCUGAUGGAGGAAGCAGAGUCCGGUCGCAUCGUCAUCGGUGCCGUCAGGUGUGCUUGUCCUUGGGAGCCGCUCGGACCAUCGAGGAUGGAGCGGCCGCGUGGAGCUCUUGGAGCUCUGGAGGCGCCAGCGUCGACAAGAACGGGAAGUGGCAUCCACCAUUUGGAUGGGCGAGUGGUUCGGGGCCGGAGCCCGGAUGCGACUGGGGCGAUUGGAGCUACCGCUGCGGAUGGCGCAAUCCGGAGUGGUGGGGCGAAGAUGGUCCAAAGAUCUGGUAUGGUCCCAGUAAGCAGCUGGAAGAAGCGGGGAAUAGUGCGGAGAAGCUUAUGGAUAAAGAAAAUCAGGAAGCUCAGGAAUACUUGGCCAAAGUGCAAGGCUUCCAGAGUGGGUUUGAAGGACCUCCAGAGCCACCAAGACCCUCGCAGGUGGUGCAUGGCAACGGUCCUGUGCAAUUGCUGCUAGAGCCUCCCUCCGGAACAGACAUGUUGGAGAUCGCUGAGCACCAGGGGAACUUUGCCAAAGUAAGCAAUGAGCAGCUGGCUGCAGACAAGAUUUUAGAUGUCGAAAAGCAUCUCUGA